CUUGGUCAACCUUUGAACAUUAGUCAAUCAGUUAAAGCCACAUAUAUCAUUUCUAAGUCUUCGAUAUUUAAAGUACUCGGGACUCACUGGCAAAUUUAAAACAGGUUCUGAAGUUUGCAGCGAAAUUAAACUGUGAAAAACUAACUAUGUUUAUCAAACAGAAUUUGGCAAGCACAGCAAUAUUAGCGUUUAUAUUUAUGCUGAAAAUCGGUUUUACAGAUCAGAAGUUAUUGAAUAAGGAAAAGAAUGACAAAGCAUCUAAAAGUGGCGAUUCGUCCACAAACACAGCAAAUAUCAACGGGGAGGCCUCUUUGUUGGCAAACUUAACGGCAACAAUAUUAACAAAUUAUGACCAAGCACUGUUGCCGAAAUGUACCGGUCGGAAACGAGUAGUUUUAGACAUAAACAUGGCUGUAAGACAACUGAUAUUACUCGAUGAACCUGAACAAAUCGUGAAAUUCAAUAUGUGGUUGCGCUUGAAAUGGACUGAUUGUAGAUUAUACUGGAAUCCUGAGGAUUUUGGAAACAUCACAGAAGUUAUUUUGCCUUUUGAUUUGUUGUGGACCCCAGAUCUAACCUUAUACGAAAGUGUAGCCGAAGAGUUUUAUGGCUAUAGAGACUACAGACCUAGGGUUAUGUUUGACGGAACAGUAUAUUAUAAUUUUCCCACUUUAGUAGAAUCCGUGUGUCAAGUUGAUGCACUGAAGUUUCCCUAUGACACUCAAAUAUGUCUAUUAACGUUCGGAUCCUGGGUAUAUUCAGGAUCGGAUCUAGAUGUAUUUUCGAGUAAAAAGUUUGCCGAUGUUUCGUCUAUAAAAGACCACGUGGAAUGGGUUGUUGAACGUGUUCCAAUCGUAAGACAUGUAGUUUUCUACCCAGAGCCGUAUCCCGACGUAACUUUUUACGUUCACAUCAGACGAAAGCCAGCAUCAUACGUCACCAAUAUCAUAAUACCAUCCAUUUUGAUCACUCUCAUAUCGGCGCUUGGAUUUUUAAUUCCGGUUGAAUCAGGAGAGAAAGUUGGGCUACAACUGACAGUUAUGUUGGCGAUAUUUGUAUUCCAAGUACUUGUAGCAGACCAAUUACCGCCUUCUUCAGAUUCUACGCCAUGGAUAUCUGUCUUCCUGAGUUUCACUCUAAUAUUAUGUGGGGUGGCAAGUCUUCUGCAAGUUCUGGUUAUAAGCGUACAUUUCCAAGAUAAGGAUAUGUCCAACUGGACGAAAAGAUAUAUUCUCUACCCUCUUGCUCUAGUAUCAGGUGUCGGAACUCCAGGUUUACAACGUACUUGUUCUCAAGAUGGUCAAUUAGAGGACGAAGAUAAAAUGGUGAACGAAUCUCUACCAGAAGGCCUAACGCUAUGGAUGUACUUAGCCACGGUGCUUGACAGAGUCGGUAUUUUCAUAUUUCUGAUGAUGUUUGUAAUCGGAUGCUUAGUGACCUUUGAUGGAAUGGUAUCACGUGAUUAAUUUGAAUAUAUCAGAUCCAGUGUACAUGUACAUAUAUGUUUAAAAAAAAUAACACAUUUCAAAAUAGGAAAUUAAGAAAUGCAACACCUACAUGUAUUAAGAUUGUGUCAUGUUUAAUAAACUAGUGAUCUCGACAAACAACAGGCCAUUUGUAGUUUGUAGAUUUUUUAAAUAUUUUUUUUCUCAUUUUCAAAUAAUGUAAAUAUAAUGUUAUGUAGAAAUAAUAAGCUUCAAAUUGUUGUCUGUAAAGAUUACACAUGCAAUAGUGUUUUAAAGUGUAUUCAUGUAAUAAUGCUUUAAUGUGUAUUAUAUAUGUUAUAGUGCUUUAAUGUGUAUUCAUGUAGUGCUUUAAUGUGUAUUCAUGUAGUGCUAUAUAUUCAUACUAUUUUUGUCUCUUUUGAGUUUUGUGUAAACCAUGCGGUGCUUCAAAUUGUAUACAUGUAUAUUAUUUAUUAAUACUUUACUAUUAUUAUAAACUCAGUCAUUGUGACAAUUUAUGAA